AUGACGCAGGUCGCUGGAUGGACGGCACGUUGUCUCUCGCUGAGCAUGCAUCUGGAUCCGCUGCACUGCCACUUGACUCCCCGGACAGCGGAGCUCCCUGUGGAGCCUCACCGCACAGCUGCUGGCAGCCUUGCAUGCACCUGCCGAGCGGAGCGUCCUGAUACUGAGCAUGGCCUCGGACAGUUUUCAGUUCCCCGCCUGGCAGCAGCAUCCCAAUCGCCCACACGAGUUCCUGUCGCCACAGCCUCCCUCUCGGCGAUGGAGUCGCUCCGCCUUGGCCAGCUGGCGGUGCACGACGACGUCAGCAAGGAGAUUUGUAUUGUGCCGCUUUCACUGGCGGAUCGAGGUCGCACAGCUAGCUCUACAUUUUCCCCAUGA